GAUUAUUACAGGAAGUAAAAUCGGACUUGCAGCACGAGCUUCUUAUUAUGCAUCAACAAAUGGCAUAACGCAGUGCCAUCAUUUAUAGAUCUUACCAUUCGCAAAGCUGAUAAAAACUAUAAAACGUCCCGUUAAUCAGCCACGCAACAGAUUAUUUUGUUGACAGUUGGAAGGCUGUCUCGUUGCACACAGUCACACAACAUGGCUGUCAUGUGUAACUGAGUAAACUACUACAUAUCCCAGAAUGCUGUUCGCGCACAGACCGAGCCUGGCUGGAGCUGCGUGGGGACUUUGACGCCUGGUGCAGUCAGUGAGUGAAGCAGUUUGUGCAGAGAGAGCAGGUACAGAACAGGACAGCAUGGAGAGGUUUUUGCAGGAUUGCAAGGCCGCCUUAAAGAAUAAGCAAGAGGCCCAUGAUAUACAUGUGAUCCUAGGAAACGAAGCCUGUGAUUUGGAUUCCUUGGUCUCUGCAGUAUCUCUGGCCUACUAUCUAGCAAGCGUAACAAAAACUUUGGUGUAUGUUCCAGUGUGUAAUAUACCUCGCAGUGAUUUCCCUCUCAGGACAGAAAGCACUUUCUUCUUGAAAGAAAAUGGCAUUCCUGAGGCCUAUCUCACGUUCCGGGAUGAGAUUGAUAUUCAGAGUCUUUAUGAAGCUGGACAACUUGUUCUGACAUUAGUAGAUCACAAUGUAUUACCGAGGACUGAUUCAUUCAUGGAGGAUGUAGUAACGGAAGUGAUAGAUCACCGUCCCCUCGAGAGGAAGGACCUUACCUGUAAGGUCACAGCUGAGUUAGUAGGAUCCUGCACUACACUGGUGGCAGAGAAAAUCCUUAGAGGAUCACCAAACAUCAUGGAUUUGCAGCUGGCAUCUUUGUUAAGAGACACAAUUGUACUUGACUGUGUAAAUAUGGCCCCUGAAGCUGGAAAAGUUACUCCAAAGGAUACCGAACUUGUCAAAAAGUUGGAAUCAAUGUUCCCGGAUCUUCCACCAAGGAGCACUGUGUUUGAUUCAUUGCAGAAAGCCAAGUUUGAUGUAUCAGGACUUACCACAGAACAAAUCCUUAGGAAAGACAUGAAGGUAUUAUACGGCCAUGAUCUGAGCGUUGCCAUCAGUGCAGUUUACAUGAAGCUAGAGGCGUUUUUACUGAGAAGCAAUAUAGAGAAGGAUAUAUGUUCUUUUUGUCAGAUUCAUGGAUACAAUGUAUUGGUAGCCAUGGCUAUUUAUUUCAACAACAAUAAUGAGCCGAUGAGACAGAUCGCCGUAUAUAGUAGACAGGAAGAUCUUCGCAAUUCGGUGUGCAGUUUUUUGGAACAAGCUACAAAUCCAGCCCUUGCUCUUUCCCUGAUUAGCAGUGGCCCAUGUAAUAACCUGACCUCUUACAGCCAAGGCAACACAGUUGCAUCCCGCAAAAAAGUCCUGCCAAUAUUGAAAGAAUUUUUGAAAAAGCAAGACCUUGGGGAAAAUUUAGGACUACCAAUGCAGUCUGUUCAGAACAACGUGGAUUGUAAAGGACACUGGGUCUAUAGCGAUCAGACUGCAGCUGCAGAUUGCAAUGAAGCUCUUGGAGACCAUGUGGAGAUUUCAGACGUUUGUGUUGGUGAAGAGUUAAAAGGAAAAUGCUAUUUUGGUUCUUUUCAUAAACAAACUGAUGAUGCAUUGGAAGAGGAAAAUUCCUUCCCUCCUACGCCAAUGAACAGUCUAGUGGAAGGCUGCCCCCUUGACAAAGGGCUUCCAAGGCUAACAGCAGAAGCCAUCCAAGAAAGAUUUAGUCGUAUAACUGUAAUAGAUUCAGAGGUAACAUCUUCAGAAAAGAAGUGACCGGACAACAUUGUGAUAAAUUUGCUUUCUACUUGGUACCAUAAAUAUCAAAGAUAUUUGUAAAAUAAUCUGUUUUAUUCUUAUAUAUAUAUAUUUUAAUUAAGUGCCAAAUCCUUACUUUAUACAUGAUUUUAUCUUUUGUGUAAUUUGUAUGAACUAGAAUUAAUUAGGGUGGGAAAUAUAUUUGAGGUGCCUGUUUGUUAAUAUUUUAUAAUACAUGUAACAAAUGGGUUUCUGAAAAUGAGAGAAUGCUAAUCUUCAUGCAUAUGCCCCUAUAUGUUUAAUUUUGAUGUAAUACUCUUGUUUUAGGAUAUCAUUUUGACAAUACACUCAACAUGAAUUGUGUGGUGA